UCUCAAAAUAGAAGAGAAGAAACAAGGAUCAAUCACGCUCAGCAGAACACGUCUCUUCUUCCAGUAAGUCUUCUUCCUUUCUCUCUCAACACUUUCUCUCUAUACAUUUCCGCAUCUCCAUGGCGUUACAAUGCCCAUGAUAUCCGCCUCCCUAUAAAGAUCUUCAUUCCCAAAAUGAACAACGAGGAAAAUGGAGCCCCAUAAAGGACCAUUUUCCAUAACGCUCAUCUUACUGUAAGUUUCUAUCUCUUUCUCUCUCUACCUUUUCAUGGCGAUUACAAGCCCUGGAAACUUUAAGAACCCUAGAAACUUGCAACGAGAAUAGCUGUGGUCUGUGAAACCAUGGAGGAGCUCCUCCGCAAAAUGCUGCCUAAUGGAGCUCCCAUACCUGAUGAGGACCAUCUGGAUUACUCUUUUGCUAUGGAAUAUGAAGGUCCUCCUCUUUCUUAUGAACUUCCUAGGAUAAUUCCAGUUGAAAUUGAUCGAAUUCCUGAAGCUUCUCCUCUUGCCACCUCUCUCUUUAACAAGUUGCUGGUUCCUAUUGUUCAGCCGCUGAGUUCUAGGGUUUUGCAGCUCCAAAAUUGCAAAAGUGAGAUUGGUGUUAAUGGAGGUGUUAGGGAUUUAGAUGAAGUUGAGCCUCGUGUACAGACGGAUUGUAAAAAUAGUGAAAAAUUCGAUUUAGAGGAGUUGAAUCGGGAGUCAAGAGAUUCUGGCUAUGAAAGUUAUGAGCAGUCUAUGGGGGUGAUUGGGGAGCCUUUAGAGAGAGAGUGUUUGGUUUUGGAUGAAAAUGGGGAGGAUAUGAAUUGGGUUUCGUCAGAUUCCGAUUCUAGUGCUUACAGAGUCUCUGGAGAUGUGAGUGAGCCAUGUCUGGAGAAGGAAAGUUUGAAGGUUAAUGAAAAUAGGGAAGUUCUGAAUUGGGUCUCAACUGAUUCUAGUUGUGCUUCUCCUCUUUUGUCUUCAGAUGCUGUUAAGCCAUUUUUGAAGUCUAUGAAUGGUAUUGAACCCAUUUUAGAGAGGGAAAGUCGAAAGCCUAAUGAAAAUGGAAAAGAUUUGAAUUCGGUCUCAACUGAUUGUGGUCGUACUUUUCCUUUUUCACCCUCGGAUGCUUCUCAUGCUUGUGCUAAGUCUUUAGAUGGGAUUGAACCAACUCCAGAUAGAGAAAGUUUGAAGCUUAACGGAAACGAGGAUGAUUUAAAUUGGGCCUUGACCGAUUCUAGUUGUACUUCACCAUUUUUGUCUUCAGAUGCUUCUUCAUGGAAAGGAGAGGGUCAUGAGUUGCCUUGUGAGGCUAAGAUGGCACAGGGAGUUACCUUUCUUGUCGAGGGAGAAUCUCAAUCUGCUCAUCAUGAUAUUGUAGAGAUAUCUAGUGUUACCCAUGAUAAUGUGCUUUCAACCUCAACAUCAGAAGAGAAUUCGGUUCUUUCUCAAUCACAAACAAGGAGAGGGGUGUGUUAUCGAUGCUUGAAAGGCAAUAGAUUCACCGAAAAGGAGGCUUGCAUUGUGUGCAAUGCAAAAUAUUGCGGUAAUUGCAUUCUUAGGGCCAUGGGUUCAAUGCCUGAGGGUCGAAAGUGCCUUACUUGUAUUGGGAAGUCCAUUGACGAGAGCAGGCGACAAGGUUUGGGCAAAUCAUCAAGAAUACUAAAGAGAUUGCUUGAUUCCUUGGAAAUUCAGCUGAUUAUGAGGUCUGAAAAAACAUGUGAAACUAAUCAGAUACAACCAGAGCAUGUCUUUGUGAAUGGGAAGCAACUUUCUUCAGAGGAGAUGGCUUCUUUGAUGAGUUGUGCAAAACCCCCGGCAAAGGUUAAACCCGGGAGCUAUUGGUACGAUAAAGUUUCCGGUCUAUGGGGAAAGGAGGGACACAAGCCCGACCAGAUUAUAAGCCCUAACAUGAAUGUUGGGGGAACUCUUAUGACAAAUGCCAGCAAUGGUAACACACAGGUUCUUAUAAAUGGUCGUGAGAUUACUAAGAAAGAGCUACGAAUGCUUAAGCUUGCUGGUGUCCAGUGUGUGGGUAAAGUAGGCUUCUGGUUGAAUGCUGAUGGUUCAUACCUAGAGGAGGGGCAGAAAAAUAUCAAGGGAAAUAUAUGGGGAAAGCCAGGAAUGAGGUUGGUUUGUUCUCUUUUAUCACUGCCAGUACCAAACAAGAGCUCAAAUGUUUCUGGAGAGAAUGUGAGUCAUCAAUUUAACAGCUCCAUGCCAGAGUACCUGGAGCAGAAAACACUUCAGAAGGUUCUCUUAGUGGGGUAUCAUGGAUCAGGAACCAGUACACUAUUUAAACAGGCUAAGUUCUUGUAUAAAGAUGUUCCAUUUUCGGAGGAUGAACGUCAAAUUAUUAAGUUGAUGAUCCAAACUAAUGUAUAUUACUAUCUUGGAAUUUUACUGGAGGGGUGUGAACGCUUUGAAGAAGAAAAUGUACUGGAAAUGAAGAAUCAUAGGCUGCUUGAUGAAUCAUCUGGAAAUGGAGAUGUGAAGGAUGACGACAUUCAAAGCAGCCAUGCGAUAAGUCCAAGGUUGAAAAGCUUCUCAGAUUGGCUUUUGAAUGUUAUGGUUGCUGGUAAUUUGGAAGCUAUAUUCCCAGCAUCCACCCGUGAAUAUGCACGAAAAGUUGAGGAGUUGUGGAAGGAUGCUGCAAUUCAGGCUGCAUAUAGUAGAAGGAAUGAACUGCAAUCACUUCCUGGUAUCGCUAGUUACUUUCUAGAACGGGUUGUGGAGAUAUCAAGGGCAGAAUAUGAGCCUUCAGAUAAGGAUAUUCUUUAUACUGAAGGGAUCACUCCAUCAAAUGGGGUGGCGUCCAUGGAGUUCUCCUUCCCUCAUUCAGAGUUUGAUGAUAAUGUUGAUGCUACUGAUCCGCACGAUCCAUUACUAAGGUACCAGCUGAUCAGAGUCCAUGCAAGGCUUCUCCGUGACAACCGCAAAUGGCUCGACAUGUUUGAGGACGUGCACUCUGUCGUCCUGUGCAUUGCCUCAACUGAUUAUGACCAGCUCUGCACUAAUGACCAGAACGGGUGUACCACAAACAAGAUGCUCCUCAAUCGCAAGCUCUUCGAGACCCUGGUCACUCACCCAAGCUUUUCUCACACCCCCUUCUUCCUCGUCCUCACAAAGCUCGACCUCCUUGAAGCGAAGAUACACAAUGCCCCACUCUCUUCUUGUGAGUGGUUCAAUGGCUUCAACCCCGUUCUCACAAGAAACCGUAGUUCCUCUCUCACCCCCAAUUCCUCGACCAUUUGUAAGAAUAACCCAACUAAAUCUAGAGGCGGCAUCAUGUACUAUAACAGCCCCUCUAAACUUAGUGGUGGCACCAUUAGCAAUGGAAAUAGCAGUACUGGGUCUACUUUGGGGCAACAAGCUUACCAUUAUAUGGCUGUGAAGUUCAAGAGGCUCUUUGCUUCUUUGACGGGGCGUAAGCUCUAUGUUUCGGGGGUGAAUGGGUGGGAACGGAGCAGUGUUGAUGGGGCUCUCAGAUACUUGAGGGAGGUUAUGAAGUGGAACGAAGAGAGAGAGGCCUUUUGUAGUGGUGAAGACUUUGGCUUUAGCACCGAGGUUAGCUCCUUUCAGACUGAUACAAUCAAUGAAGGCUGUAAAACUGACCUUGCUCUUUGUGAACAUUUGGUCUGUACAUAAAAUCGUCUUUAAUGUUGGCUAUAUUUAGCUUUUCAUUUGGUUUUGUGUGCUGCAGAUGUUAAUAUAAAUUUUCUUUUUUUU